AUGCCUACCGGCGGCAAUGCCAGCAACAUACGCCAAACCGCUCGCCAAACCCGGACGAACCCUUCUAGACAGUCCAAGACCGCUGGCCGCACGUCGCUUAUCGGUGGACUUACCGGUGGCCCCUCAAGCCUCGGGGGAGGACAUGGAGCCGGCGGUUCUGUCCACGGCAACUCGGUACCAGCGGGGAUCUAUCCAGGAAUCACUCACUUUAGCGAUGCUAUCGAUGCACUUCCUAGAGAGUUCCGGAGACAUAAUUCGUUACUGAACGAGGUUGAUGGCAAAGCGUGGGCGCUGGAGGAGCAGUUGUCCAAAUUGCUCACCACCGCAACGAAGCUGAUCUCCGUAGACUACGAUGCUCCCAGACCGAAGCAGAGCAUCCGUUCUACUCUCGGCGACCUCCUAGGAACCAUCGAUGAAAAGAAUCAUGUUGCACGCAACGCAAAUGCGACACUCCAACGAGAUGUUAGCCGACUUGAUGCUAUUUACCCGCACGUACAGCGAGAAGUGAGUGAUGAAGCUCGGCUUGGGAGUUUAACGCACUGGGCAUAUAUCAACAAACCUACGCCGAAAACAAGUGCUACUGCUGUCAAUGAACGCCCUAGGAGAGAUACUGCAGGUGCAAACAGCCAUAGGGCCGCCCAUGGAGAUGCGGAUAACGAACCAAAGAAAGAGCCAGUUCGCCGACAACGUCGAACCCAGGCAGAGAUUGAAGCAGAUGAGGCUCGAGGCAUCACCGUACGAAGAGGCAAGCCAGGGCCGAAAAGUAAAACUGCAGACAACCAAUCGAGUGAGCAGGCUUUAACCGCUGGGGGUGCCGCCGGGAUUGUGACUGCGAAACGCCGAAAGGUAGAACAUACUCAAUCUAUGGCAGCAACGGCUAUGGAGCGAUCCGCGAGUACUGCAACAAAUGCUGGUGGCCGAGCCGGAUCAAAAGAGAGCCCUGCGCCAGAUGCUGUGAAAAAGAGAACAAGGGCUCCUAAUGCUAAUUCAGCCGCACGAAAAAGAACGAAUACUGUAUCAUCGAACGCGGGCUCUUCAUCCGUUUCCGGUGCAUUGAACGUCUCUCAGCUCGGCCACACUUCCAACAGUCCUGCACCAGCAUCUUCCCUUCGCGCUCAAUCACGACCACAACAGAAUCAGACUCCAGCUUCUCGCCAACGGCCGUCUUCGUCUGCUUCAAAUCGCAACCCUAAAAAAGACCUGUUAGAUGCCAGACCUCCAUCCGCGAAAGGUGCAGCGAGUCCCAGAAUUGACACAUUAGCAAGCAGAUCAAAUGGAGAUAGCAUUAGAAACAGCCCAAAGACAGCUGCCCUUGAGCUCAAACAUGAAGACACUAGCUCCAUGGGUCCUGUAGGAACCUCUAGCCACAUGCAUGAUGGUAAAGCGGACUACUCGAACCUCCCGGAACUGAACACCGGUGUUUCCACAAAACGCUCAUCCAAGAACUCGACGCCGGUUUCCUCCACAUAUGCCGAGUCACAGCAAAGGUCACGCCCAUCUAGGACGGGCGAUGGCCCUAAGCGGUCUCAUAAGAAAACCGGCAGUAUAUCAACUGCUCGGCAGAUGGCUUUAUCCGCGGCUGCCGAUGAAACUGCUGAUGAACCUCGCGGUGCAGAAGGAGAUGACCCAAUGGAGCCACGUUACUGCUACUGUAACGAAGUCAGCUUCGGAGAAAUGGUAGCAUGCGAUAACCCGAACUGCCCCAGGGAAUGGUUCCAUCUCUCAUGUGUUGGAUUGACCAAACCACCAUCCAAGAGUGGUGAGUAUUUAUUUUCUUUGACAUAA